AUGGCCCGACCUCAAAGUGAGAAUUUGGAUACCGCAACAGUCAAGGGCAAGGAUGCCAAGGAAGUUUGUUCAAAAGACGCAAUCAUCGAGGCCUUGCACGAGCGUUUAUCUCAGUUGGAAACGGAGAGUGCCUCAUUCGCAGCUCAAGUCAGCGCGGCGUCUGAAGAUCGACGACACAUUGCGGCUCUGGAGACGACUAUCUCGCCAAUCGUCAACACCAGGGGACCAAACACUGAUCGCAGUGGAGGGUCUACUAACCCGUUUGUGUCAUGUCGCGCAAAGGACAAUAACCUGGUGACGCCAACUCCAAUGGGUCCUUGA